AGUCCAGUGAUUGAAAUAAAAUAGUCGCAGAUAAAGUGUAGGGGGUAGGUAGCAGCACUAAUUUGUGCAUGCGUAUGUAGAUAUUAUGUGAACGUUGUCGAAUGUCGAGUGCUGCAAACUAAGUGCAUGAAAAAAUGCAUUUCAACUGCGUUGAGAAUGCAACUCGCUGGCUGAAAGGUGCUUCGAUCUCCAUGGAUCGAUCCUCAGUCGACGCGUGGCAACCGUGUCAGAUCCAUGUGUAUCCGUAACUAUUUGCUGACGAUUUCUAUAAUCGCAGAUAACAGCUGAUAAACCGUAUUUUAGUACAUAUGAGGUUAGUUUCGAGCAAAUAGUUCGCCAGCCGGUGGCUAGUGGCGGGUUUUAUUGGGUGUCGUGCACGCGACAUGACCGUUUCACGAUGAUGAGAAGAAAUGUGAUAAGCCUGAUAAAGUUCUUCUUUCUGGCCGCUUUUACUGUUUUCCUGACUGUCGUUAUAUUUCGUUUCGUGAGGACGUCUCCUAACCAUGAGGCUACGUCGCCGGCAGCCGCGCUCGUCGUCGUCGAUGCCGGCGGCCCGAAAAGUUCUCUCGAAUCCAAACAGAGUUUCAACGAGCAUCUCAAUCAGGUACCUGUUCAUUUUAACGACAAGGAUGAUGAAGAGAAGAAAAUUGAUUGGCACGAUUACAAAAAAAUUGCCGAGGAUGCAAAAAGAAGUGGGAUGGGUGAACAUGGAAAGCCUGCGAGUCUUCCUCCGUCUCUGGACAUGUUGAAAGAAAAACUGUAUCAGGUGAACGGUUUUAAUGCUGCGCUCAGCGAUUUAAUUGCCCUGAAUCGCUCUAUACCUGACAUUAGGCACGCAGAUUGUAAGAAAAAGAAAUACUUAAAAGAUCUAGACUCAGUUUCUGUGAUAGUCUCCUUUCAUAAUGAACACUUUAGCACAUUAAUGCGUACUUGCUGGAGUGUGAUCAAUCGUUCUCCGGAGAGCCUUCUCGAGGAAAUCAUAUUGGUUGACGAUGCCAGUACAAAAAUAGAAUUGAAGGAAUCAUUGAACGAUUAUGUUGUAGAAUAUUUGCCUAAAGUAAAGAUUGUAAGAUUGCCAGAACGUUCUGGGUUGAUUAAAGGCCGGUUGGCUGGGGCUAAGAUAGCAAAAGCAAAAGUGCUUGUAUUCUUAGAUUCCCAUAGCGAAGCCAAUGUCAAUUGGCUGCCACCUUUGCUAGAGCCUAUUGCACAAAACUAUAAGAUUUGUGUGUGUCCAUUCAUCGAUGUGAUAGCCUAUGAGACAUUCGAGUAUAGAGCACAAGAUGAAGGUGCCAGGGGAGCUUUCGACUGGGAAUUGUACUAUAAACGAUUGCCACUAUUGCCGGAAAACCUCGACAAACCAACAGAGCCAUUUCAAAGUCCUGUCAUGGCAGGAGGACUUUUUGCCAUCAGUGCAAAAUUUUUCUGGGAAUUAGGUGGAUAUGACCCAGAGCUAGAAAUAUGGGGAGGAGAGCAAUACGAAUUAUCCUUCAAAAUUUGGCAGUGCGGCGGCCAAAUGUACGACGCUCCCUGUUCAAGGGUAGGUCACAUUUACCGAAAAUUUCCUCCUUUCCCCAAUCCAAUGAAAGGGGACUUUUUAGGAAAGAACUACAAGAGAGUUGCAGAAGUUUGGAUGGAUGAGUAUGCCGAAUAUAUCUAUAAAAGGCGACCUCAUUUAAGAUUGUUAGAUCCCGGUAAUCUAACUGAGCAACGGAAUUUGAGGCGCAGACUUCACUGCAAAUCGUUCAAAUGGUUUAUGGACAACAUAGCCUUUGAUCUGGUUGACGUGUAUCCUCCUAUAGAACCAGAUGACUUCGCAUCAGGAGAGGUCCGCAACAUGGGAGUGCCAGAGCUCUGUCUCGAUACGAAGAGGAGAAAAAAAGACGGACUCGUGGUAGUCGAUAUCUGUAAGAAAGACGAUUUUAGGAUCGAUGGAGAACAGGAAUUCCGACUGACUUGGCACAAAGAUAUCAGACCCAAGGAUCGCACCGAAUGUUUCGACGUGUCCAGAGGGGACACAAAGGCUCCCGUGACUCUGUAUCCUUGCCACGGAGGCCAGGGGAACCAACUGUGGCGUUACAAUAUUGAAAAACAAUGGUUAAUGCAUGGUUAUUCGUCCAGGUGUUUGGACACUGACCCAGCAAGCAAGAAAGUAUUCGUGACCAAUUGUGAUUCGGCAUCCGCCACACAGAAAUGGAGGAUCGAGAAAGUGAAUAUGAAGGCCAUCAAUAAUUGGGACAAUGUGGGACCCAGACGACAUUGAUUAAUCCGCUUUUUACUUGCCAUAGAUUUAUAGUCUCUGUUUCAAUAUCAUUUUUACUUAGACACGUGUAUACGAACACACUUCCUUUACAUUAACUAGUCAAAAAAGGGAAAUUCUGUAUUCAAAUUUUCUCUUUUCACGAUUCUGCUCAAGGAAACGUCCUUUGGAGGAAUCAUACUGUUUUGUUCCACGACGAGUAUUCAUUGUAGCAAUACACCAUUGUAUGAAACCUUUCCUUCGAAGCAAUUCACAUCAUUGUAAAUAUCGUACAAACCCUCUGUUGUGCCUUAAACAUAUAACUGCAUUUAAAACAACACAUUAAUUACAGUAAUUACUUUAUAAAAAUAACGUUCGCUUUAACGCUCAAUUCUUUAUAUACGACAGACGAUUAUUACGAUGUAGGUAGAACGACUAGGUAAGAACUGAUCGUAUACAUUUCUUUAAUGCCAAAUUGUGGAACAACUAACUAAGUUUCCCGAAUGAUUAACGAAGUGUUCUUGUAGUUCUGUAUAACCUUAAGCUAAAUUCUUUUGUAAAGUUGUUUCAAAUAAACCAAAAAUUCCAUUCACGAUCGAAAUAUGUCUCGGAAACGAUAAUAGUUUGAAGAUAUCUGCGAACAUAUCAUCUUUAAGCGUACACUACCGAGCAUGAAUCAUGUAAUAAUCUGUUUAUGGUCUCCGAUAUACAAUAUCGUUUGUGUUUGUAAUUAUGUAACGUAUAAACGAUCGAUUAUUGUAUAAAAGAAGAACGGAGUAUUUUAUAAAAAUAUUCUAUUUUGUAAUGAGAAAUAGUAGAGAAGAAAAAUCAUAGAUCAUUCUUAACAAUCUUCACUUAUCCUCUGUACUAUAUAUUCAUUGUACAUUUAAUGACAAUUUAUACAAUAACGAAGGACGAGAAAAUUCUAUGCAACUGUGAUCGCGGUACGUUUUUGUUGAACUAUUUUUGUAAGACGUUUGUAUUGAUUAAACAUUUUUAUUAAAUCUAUAUGAGUUCUAAUAAAUGUAAUCGACGGUAAAUCAAAAGCAAACCUAGUCUAUCGGAACAACACUGGAUGAAAAUAAAAGAAAAUAUAGCAUU